GGGAAACUGCAUGACAUUUUUACGUACCCUCGCUCUCGACAUUUCUAUGGUCAAGGUCGACCAGGAGGAAUGUAAAUAAACAUUGAAACGUGGCCAAAAUACAUUUGCUUGAUGGAUGAUGACUAUAAUAGCGGCAUGGGUUGCCCAUCAGAAUCCAGCCUUGCUGGUAGGGCAAAAGUUUGUGAUGGUUGCCCAGGAAAGGCCUUGUGCCAAAAACAAGGGGGUGUUGACCCUGAUCAAGAGAUGAUAAAUCUCCGAAUGAAUGCAAUUAAAUACAAGAUUCUGAUUCUCUCAGGAAAAGGAGGUGUGGGGAAGUCUAGCAUUGCUGUAGGACUAUCAAUCUCUUUAGCUCAACAUUCAAAUAAGGUUGGACUUGUCGAUGUGGACAUCUGUGGACCGAGUAUUUCCAAAUUGAUGGCCGUGGAAGGGGCAAAGGUUGUCAACACCCAAUAUGGCUGGACCCCUUUAAAGUCACCUCAUGAGGAUGUCAAAGUGAUGUCAGUUGGCAACAUUCUAGAGCACUCAGACAAUGCCAUCAUCUGGAGAGGUCCAAGGAAAACACAGCUCAUCAAACGAUUCAUUAAAGACACUUUCUGGGGGCGAUUGGACUAUAUUUUGUUUGAUACACCCCCGGGCACUAGUGAUGAACAUCUGACAGUAGUAAGCGCAUUGAAAAAUGUCAAACCAGAGGGCGCCAUCAUAGUUACCACACCUCAACAGGUUGCCUUGACAACCAUCAGAAAAGAGAUUAAUUUUUGUCGAAAAAUGGGCAUUAGGAUUAUUGGAAUCGUUGAGAAUAUGAGUGGUUAUGUUUGCCCUUGUUGUCAGGAGGUAUCAUAUUUAUUUCAAUCUGGCGGUGCUGAAAAAUUAGCUGAUGAGUAUGGUUUAAAAUUACUGGGCAAGAUUCCUGUUGACUCGAAUUUAACAGCAUGUGCUGAAGAAGGGAGCAAUUUGUUCACCAAGCAUCCAGACUCGCCUGCUUCAAUUGCAUUCAGAAAAAUCGCUACAGAACUCGAGACUACCUUGCCCAGGUGACAUCAUUCGCCGAGAGAAUUGGGUAAAACUUAAUACGGGUAUUAAAAAUAAGGAAUGAACUGGAGGAAGGAAUCACUUGACUUGCAUCUCGUACAAGAGGAACAAUUGAUCUGUGUAUCGUAUGACUAAUGCCGCCCUGUACAGACUACCUAAUUUUAUUUGACAAAAACAUGUGACAUGCCUAAAUAUGGUCAUGAUGACAUCACAUCAUGGCCAUAUAUAGGCACAUUAUGACUAUAUAUGGGCAUACAAGUUAUUUUAUAAAAGAAAAUUUGAUAGUGUGGACAAAGGUAGAAGUGUCAGAACUUGCUGAACACUAUUUAUAUUGCAAAUGCACACAAGGAUCUUUACAUUAUAUUUUUAUGUAUCUUAACCAGGGAAGAGACUUAACUAAUACAGGGUGAUAUACCUACACUAUUUUUCAUUAUCACCCCUGAGAAGAGCACUGUUGACCAAAAGCUAGUGUAUUGUCAAUUAAAACUAAUCUGAAAAGUUCCUAAAAUUUUACAUUGUUUUUUAUAUACUACGUCUCAAAGAUUAAGUCAAAAAUUACAGUAUUUUUUUUUUUUUGGAUAAAGGGGUGAUUAUGGUUUAGUAUUGUGGAGGGAAACAGGUGGACUGGGAAAGGGGCCAAAAGGGGCAAUCCCUUCCUAAAUAAACCUAUUCUGAGGCUUCUGUAAAUUUUUCAUUUCCAGUGGAAUUGGGGAUAAGCACAUUAGAAUUAUUAAACAGCAGGCUUGUAGCCAUAUCCAUAUGCUUUACUUUGUUAUCCUUUACAAUAUAUGCAACAUUUUGAAUGCAUGUAUGUAUAUGUGUAUGUACCAUAGAUCCUUGGGCAUAAGGCCACCCCUUACAUUAUGCCAUAUUUUAUGUACCAGCCUUUCCUUGUGCAAAAGCCCAAGGCAUGACUUUUACAAAAUUAUAUUCUCAGAAAAAAACAUCAAAUGCAAGGGGACACCAAAAAUUCAAAAAAGCUGCCAUUUGAUUAAAAAGGGGACACCCAAAAUUUGACCCAAUUUUGUGUAUGGGCUUAAACCAGAGAACUACAGUACAUAUACGUAUGUAUUCAGAUCCCAUCACAUUUAAAAAUUAUAUUGAACAGUCUCUAAUACACCAGGGUCAAAACUUAAGCGCUCCCCAGCACCCUCGUUUAGUUACUGGGCCGGUAUCUAUACGAAUCCCAAUUUGCCACUGUGUAGCAAACAUUAGGUGUGUAAUUGAUAACUUGGUGAUAGCUGCUUCAUAACGAAGCAGUGUGACAUAGUACUCUACUGUAUGUGACAGGUAUUCAAAUACAUUAAAAUAAUGACAGUACAAAAACACUCACUAAAACAUACUGUCCUGAUACACAUGUAGUUUUAUUACCAUUGCAUACAAUAAAAACUCUAUUUAUAAAAUCUGAGUGACAAUGAAGAGGUUAAAUUCUCCUUUCUUACAGUAUUAUCAAAUUCACAAGAAAUAAUCUGAAUUAAAGAAAUGAUUUUUCAA